UUACAGACAGACAGGUGCGGGCAGAAAACUGGAGCAGUGCAUCACCAGAUUAACGUGGUACCGGCACUUUGGAGCGCUGCUUAUUCCUAAUCCUGAACAGCAGGCAGUUUUAGGAGACCACAGACCUGAAGGAAACCUGUGAAAAUGACAGAAGAGAAUCUCUCCUGCAGUAUUUGCAGCAACAUCUACUCCGACCCUGUCGUUCUAAGCUGCAGCCACAGUUUCUGUAGAGACUGCCUGCAGGAAUGGUGGUCUAAGAAACAGGCACAGAAAUGCCCGCUCUGUAACGAGUCACAUCCUUCCCAACAUCUGCCCUGUAACCUGGUGUUGAAGAACCUUUGCCAGGACUUCUUGCUGAGGAGAAAGCAGGAAGAAGCUGAACCUCUCUGCUCUCUGCACUCUGAGAAACUCAAACUAUUCUGCCAGGAUCACCAGCAGCUCGUAUGUGUCGUCUGCCGAGACUCCAGGGAGCACAGAAGACACAGAUUCACGCUGGCGAACGAAGCAGCUCAGCACUACAAACAGCAACUGCUGCAAUCUGUCAACAAACUGAGAGGGAAGCGGCUGUCUGUGGAGCAGGUUAAAGCAAACUUUGAUAAAACGGCAGUACACAUCAGCAAGCAGGUGCACAAAACCGAGAAGGAGAUCACACAGCAGUUUAAGAGCCUUCAUGAGUUUCUCCAGGAUGAAGAGAAGGCUAGGAUCGCCGCACUGAGAAGUGAGGCAAAACUAAAAGCUAAAGUGAUACGGGAGAAGAUUGUGGGUCUUUCCAGAGACCUGACAGCUUUUUCAGACACAAUCAGAGCCGCUGAGGAUGAAACCAAAGCUGCAGAUGUUUUAUUUCUGCAGAAGCACCAUCUGGUGCUGGAAAGCGUGCAGCAGCAGCUCCAGAUGAAGGUUCCACACCUGAAAUCAGGAGCUCUGAUAGAUGAAGCCAAACAUCUUGGCAACCUGACUUACAACACAUGGAUGAAGAUGAAGGAGAUGGUUUUCUUCUCUCCUGUUGUUCUGGAUCCAAACACAGCACAUCCAGAACUCCUCCUGUCUGGAGAUCUGAGCAGCAUCACCUCUGGACAGAGAUCUGAGCUUCCUAACAACCCAGAGAGGUUCGACCACCGCCUCUGUGUCCUGGGCUCUGAAGGUUUUCCCUCAGGGUUUCAUAGCUGGGAUGUUGAGGUCAGAGACGAUGCACUCUGGAGCGUUGGCGUGGUAACAGAGUCUUUUGGGAGGAAAACACAAACAGGGGCUGGAUUGUGGGCACUGGGUCUUGAUGGGAGGUAUUUUGUGGUCUCUCCCGGUCGUCCAGAUGAAGUUCUCCCAGUAAAGAGGCUCCAGAGGGUCAGAGUUCAGCUGGACUGGGACAGAGGGAAGCUGUACUUCUUCGAUAUGGACACUGAAAAACUGAUCUACUCCUUCAAACACACUUUUAAGGAGAAGCUAUUUCCGUUCAUUUGUAAUAAGAGUAAAUUACCUGUGAAGAUUUCCCCAGUGAGCGUCAGUGGAAACAUCAACCAUCCGACCCCUUUCUCAGCUGGUUUCUGGGAUUUUUAGACUUGUUUUAAACCUUUAUGUUUGCACCAAAUACAUUAAAAAGUGAUGUCAACUUA